GCUCGCUCUCGAAGCAGGCGCGCUGGGGGGGAGUCUCGGACCGACGAGCAGUGAUGUGGGACGACGGCGCCAUCGGCAUCGCUCCGCUCCGGAGUGUCGCUGGUAGAUCGACCUCCUCCUGCAUCUUCAGCGGCGAAGAAGAAGUUCAAGCCGGAGAUUACCCAUCCCAUCGAAUCGAACGGCGUGCUGAAGCUGCUCCUUUCCAGCACGAGAGCGAUGGCGCGCAGCUUGCUUCCAGCGAUGGCGGUCAUGGUGGCUUUGUCCGUCGUGACGAUCCUGAGUGUUGCCACGCCUGCCGUCGCAGUCCCACGGAAGGUCGCCAUUACAUCGGUCACUUACGGCGGCACCGGCUGCAACUGGACCGAUACCUCCUACGUGCUCUCUCCCGACUACACCAUCCUCACAUUCAUCUUCGGCAAUCUGAUUGCCACCACUGAUUCGGGCAUGCUGGGUCUGCGCAAGUUCUGCCAGAUUUCCUUGUCUCUCGAUUAUCCCCGUCGCUGGAGUCUCACACUGGGCUCGGUCACCGGCCGCGGCUUCGCGGACAUCUCCGCCGCCUCCCAGGGCGUGUACGAGACGCAGUUCUACUUCUCCGGCCAGUUGGGGACGCCCACCAUAACGCGCACCAUCCCCGGCCCUCAGACCGGCAACUUCGAGGUCACCGACAACUUCCUUACGCUUGUCUACAGCAAGUGCCACGAGACUCCUAAUCUGAACAUCAAGCAUGUGGUCCGCGUGGAGGGCAGCAAGGCCCUGGUUGGGGUGGAUUCGUCGGACUCGACGUUCAAGCUCCUGUUCGGUCUGCUGUGGAAGAAGUGCUAACUCUGGGAAGGCAGGAUCUCGUGCACCGAGCGGGUGGGAGGGGCGGCAGGCGUUAUGAUCAAGCAACAGGGAUGGAUGGAUGGAGCGGAUGCAGAGAGGAUGAGCGGAGCUGCCGACCUGUUCACACGCAAGCUGAUAGCUGUAGAGGAUGGCGAUGCACAGAGUGUGUGGCUGCAGCCAGAAUGGCUGGGUUCCAACUAUGAGAUGACAGGGUCACUGCUAAGGCCGUCCGCUGCGCGAGACUCAGACGCUAGACGAAGUGGACGAAGUUGACGAAGUAGACGAAGUAGAUGCUGCACUGCUCCCAUCUGGAAAAGCUCGGUAGCUGGUAGAUCAAUCCAGGGUGCCCUUCCCCUACUAUGACGCUAUCUUGUCGUUGUCAUAUCUGUCAUGGGUGACCAGAUUCCUUGCAUCCUAUUUGUAACUUGUGCCAAGUGGCCAAAUUGUAAGCCGGACGAUCAAGUAUGCUUGCUCCAUCCUCCUCUGCAAGACAAACAGACGGUCGUCAAAUCCUCUCUCUCUCUCUCUCUCUCUCUCUCUCUCUCUCUCUCUCUCUCUCUCUCUCUCUCUCUCUCUGUGUGUGUGUGUGUGUGUGUGUGUGUGUGUAUGUGUGAUUACGUGUUGUUUUGAUGAGUGCUUGUCAGGGCGUUUCAAGGAGUACAGGAGGAGGGAGCUAAUGAUCUGUUUAAAUGUCCUUAAUAUGUGGUACCUCAAGUGUGUAGUGAUGUCCUGAUUCCCUAUUGUGUGCCCAUGUGCCAUCGUCGACGAGCAUCCACCGAUUACCGGGAAAGAUGCGAGCAAAAAUGAUCCAGCACUGGGGUUAUUAACUGAGAACGUGAACGUGGCCCGGCGGGAAGCAUUCUUAGACCCAUAGCCACAUAGCUUGGCCAAGAGAGGGUCGCCAGCUGGUGCCUGUGAGAAUAGAGAAAGGCGAUCUCUUGGGGGUGAGGAGAGAAGAUUUCAUGCCUGGUGGCUCUGCACUUGCACGCAGAGGAAGGACGACCGUCACUCACUCAUUCAACAACAUCUCUAGCCUUCGAGUUGGUCAUUUCAUUGAGGUGGAGUGCAAAAGACUUAUGUCCUCUGUUCUUGGUCUCAUGACCAUGUACCUCU